GCUGACUGCUGAGUUCUUUCUUUUUUUUUUUUGAUUGAAAAAUCUUGAAACCUGAUGGUGGAGAAUUUGCUUGUAAUUCGUAUCUAGUAAUUCGAUUGAAUUUUAUUAUAAUUUGUGCCGAUUCGAGUUCAACGUUAGUCUUACGGAUCUUUAUUUACAAAUAAUUACAGAUAAUGAAGUAAGAACUAGAACGUGAUCGUGAACUUGUUUGAUCCGUUACCGGUAGAAUUUGAUCGAUCGCUGACACGCGUGAAUUACUAUUCGUGAUCUCUUGGACGCCGGAUUAUCAUUACUUCGUAAUGCUGAACUGUAAUUCGAACACGUUUAAAAUCUUCAUUGGAAAAAUUCCAGAUAAAACUACCGUUCAGGAUGUUCGACCGUUGUUCGAAGCAUAUGGUAAAGUAGUGGAAUGCUCUCUAGUGAAGAAUUACGGUUUCGUGCAUAUGGAAGAUGCCACCGCCGCGUACGAAGCCAUUAGACAUCUAAACGGUUAUAUCGUGAACGGAGUCGCGAUUACCGUAGAAGAAGGCAGAAGUAGAAAACGCUCUUCUUCAUCUUCGACUAAAAUUUACGUUAGUAAUAUCGCAACCGAUGUCAAAGCUAACGAUAUCAGAACGUUGUUUUCGAAAUACGGUACCGUUGUCGAAUGUGAUCUCGUAAAUAAUUACGGUUUCGUGCAUAUAGAUACGCCAAACAUAUCCGAAUUACUGAAAGAACUGAACGGUUACGAAAUCGGAGGACAACCGUUGAAAGUACAGAUUUCCACGAGUCGUAUCCGACAACGUCCGGGUAUGGGAAACCCUCAACAAUGCUACAAAUGUGGUCUUUCUGGACAUUGGUCCAAAGAAUGUACUCAAUCGCCUCAGGUUACCGCAUCGUCGAACCAAUUUCAGUAUUUGGCCGAUUCGAUUCACGGUGUCGUUACGGGACGAUCUGCUUAUCAACGCGAGUUCUAUCCGCCGCCUCAGACAGCCUUCUUGAGAGAUCGGUACCCAGUACCGGAUAUGAGAGACUAUUACGAACAAUACUGCCAGAAUGCCAUGGGACAGUACGAAAAUUACGCUUUGAUGGCAGCAUCCAGACGUGAUAUUUGCGCCAAUCCUACGAGACCGUCGAAUACCACCGAUUACGGAAUGUUCAGUCGUCGAUCGUCUACUUCGAAUAUUGCUCAUUACGCCCCAAAUUGUACCGCAAAUUUUAGCGAAUACGGUGGAGCUAUUACUUACACGUAUUCCACCGAUCCCUAUUACACUUGCGGUAAUUAUACGUCUGCAGCGGUAACGACGACGCCUGCUGUGAUCACAUCUUACGUCGAUGGAAGAGCAUGCGAAGCUUUCACGUCAACAGAAACAGCUCGUAGCGGUUUUGCCGAAGAUCGACGCCCAGAAAGACGAGAUGGAACAUCUCGUUCUUCUAGUCGUUACACGCCGUAUUAAGCAGCCCGCCAUGUAAUUCGGUUCACGGGAUCGAGUCGUCGGUCGUCUUCGUCAUUGUAUUUAAUUCCGCUCUCUAUAUGUAUUAUUAAUCGGACCAACGCCAAAAAAUCGUAUUAAGUUUGCUUUAUUAUUACUUAGGUGUUUUUUUUUCUCUCUCUCUGUAUGUUUAAUGCGUUAAUAUCGUACAUUUUUCGUAAAGCUAUGAUAAUCCGGUUAAUUUAGCUGAAGAAUGAUUCAAAUUUGGAAAUUCGUCGAAUAAUUUUUUUGGCCAGAAUGUUUUGGAGGGAACUUCUACUUCGUUGAAAUUUUUUUUUUACAUAAUUACAUCGAUCGUAAUUGGAAAAAACAACCAUUGUUAAUCCUCAGACAUCUUACAGGGGGAAACCUUUUGAGCUGGCAUUUAACGAAAGGAACGAAACCAAAUUAAAUCAUAAAAGUAUGUUUUGAAUCCCCCGUGAACAAAAUUUCAAGUCCCAAAGUUCAUUUUUGAAAAUUUUGAAAAUUGGAAAAAAAACUCGUUUUAAGGAGGAUUUUUAAUAUUUUUUAUGAAAUGUACAUUUUUUUAGCAAAGUGAACCAAAAUAUGAAGAAUUUCUUUUAAUGCAACUCCCAAACAUCCACCACUUCUAGUUUUGAGCCAUUCUGGAGCCUCCAGCGAUUUUUCAAUUGUUUUUAGAGAAUUCAGAUCGCUCUGGAAGGGCCAGAAAUUAUCGUCUUUUUUUUUUUUUUUUUUUUUUUUCGUCAAGAGGAAUAUUUUUUUGUGGUUAUAUGUCUAUUGAAUUAAAAAAAAAAUAAACUUAUCCUCAUCAAUUUUACAACUCGACAAGCCCCCCCCCCUCCCCUCCCAAUGAGUUGCAAACAGUGUUUCUCUCUCUCAAAAAAUACAUUUCUUCAACUCUGGGCUUUUUUGAAGAUCAUUGGGAGAGGAGGGGGGUGAUUUUACAUUUUUUCGUUUGGCUUUGUUAAAUUUAAAAGAAUUAUUGAAAAGUGACUCGCCUCAUUUUUUGGAACUUUUUUUUGUUUUCGCUCUUUGAAAAUGUUGUUUUUUAUGUGAAGAAAAAAAUCCUUGAAAAUUCAGCCCCCUCCCCCCCCAGAAAUUUAAAGGAUGUCGAAAUUGAAAAUUUUUGUAUUCAUAUUUUUUCUUCCAUUUUAUUUUAUUCAUUUUUUUUGCUGAUUUUUUCCAAUUUUAUGGACUUGUACGGGACCUAUAACUUUGAUCGGUGCUGGUUGGACAUCUUUUCGCGCGUUUUAGGUGCUUACCGCAAAAUUCCAGAGGUUCCAGCUCAAAAGUAAAUUUUUUAUUAAUUUGUAAAUUCCAGAAAAAGACUAAAAAAUUGAUUUUGAAUUAGAACUACCUAAAACGAUCGAGAGGGUGCUCAAUGAGCACCGACUUCAGUUCAUUUUUAGUUUUUUCAGAGUGCUUGAAAAUUCCUGGAGAAAAUUGAAAAAUCGCUGGAGGCUCCAGAAUGGCCCAAAAUUACCAAUUGCUGAUGUGUUAGAGUUGAAUUGUAAAAAUUACUCGCGUUGGUUCGCUUUUCUCAAAAAACUUCAAAUUUCAUGAAAAAGUUUGAAAAUUGUUCUUGUGACAGCUUUUUAGAAUUUUUAAAAUUUUCAAAAAUUUAAAAAUAGAGGUUAUAAAUCCUGAAAUUUUGGUUUCGGAGGUUUUAGGACAUGCUCUUUCGAUCUAGCUCGGUUUCGUUCAAAUCGAAGAAAGCUAUGAUCGAAAAGUUCCCCUGUUAGUUGAAAAAGGAGGAUGUCGAAUGACAAAAAUAAGAUAUUUUGUAACGUACGAUGUUCCUCCCAAAACAUUUUUCAAUAUUUGAGCAUCAUCAGACGAUGAAAAAAAAAAUAGGAAAGGUUCCAUCCUCUUCCUUUAUGAUGAAGACCUGUUGAUUAUUGUUUUCUUUAUUUUUUUGAUGAUCCUACUCUGAAAAAAUUGAAAAAAAUUUGAAAAACUGUACCGAAAUCAUUCGCUUUAGCUAUAGUUUAGCUUUUUUAGAGGUAUUUUUGAUUCUUCGUUCAGUAAUUACUGUAUUAUCCUGCUUGUACACGUACGUUUGUUUUUUUUUCAAUGUUGCGUUAUCAAUAUGGUAUUUGAUUGGUUCCUUUUUCUGUAUGUAUUUUGAAAUUUUCGUUACGAUGAGAAUUUAGACUUUAUUUUCAUUUAGCCAGUUUUUUGUUUUUGCAUUUUUAUCGCAUCUAAUGACAGAUUCGUGCGUUUAUUUGAUAAGAUAUUUUGGUUUUUGUUUUUUUAUUUUGUUUUUUCGAUACCUAUACGUUUACCUUUAGUUUAUAAUAAUUUACGAAUAGAUUUUAUUUAAGAGUCGAUUAUAGGCUGUGGUGGAA